AUGCCGCUGCACCCGAGUCCUGAGGAGCAGCGUCUUGGUGACAAUCAGAUUGGCGAUGCAGGCGCGCGAGCAAUUGCUCAAGCACUCAAGGUGAACACGACGUUGCCUGCGCUCGACCUGGGUGAGAAUCAGAUCGGCAAUCUUGGCAUGAUGGCGAUUGCUGAAGCACUCAAAUUGAACACGUCAUUGACCGAGCUCAAUCUGUACGAGAAUCAGAUUGGUGAUGAAGGAGCGAAGGCGAUUGCUGAAGCUCUCAAGGUGAACACAUCGGUGAAGAAGCUCAAUCUAGCUUUUAAUUGCAUUGGCAAGGUUGCGGCUCAGGCAAUUCAGGACGCACGCCCUUUGACUGAACUGAAACUCAACUACCAGAUAAACCCACUUGCGUUUGCCUUACGUCCACGAUUGGCAACUGCUGAAGACCUGCAGAUCGUGUUCCGAAUGCUGACCAGCGGGUUGGAGCUGGAGAAUCAGUCCGCAUCUCUACCUGCACUACCAGCUGAGAUUGCUGAUCUCAUCAUGGACGAGGCAUUUUAUUGGCAAGGCGUGGAGCGAGUGAAUUUGAUUGGCGGGACCGCCGAUGGUGUUCUGAAAGUGACAGUGCCUCAAAGCAUCAAUGGGAAUUCGAUCCGCAUGAAAGGAAUUCGGGUGCUUCGGGACAAGAGCACAAAAGGCAAGUCGAAACAGAACUGCGUGUUUUACUUGACUGUUCGAGAUGAGCAAGGUGUUGUUCGAUACGAAUGUGCUGCGAAGCCGACUUUCGUCGACUCGACCAUUCGACUUGCGACAAUCUGGCCAGCGAGGCAUCAUGUCAUCCGACAAAUGCGCGAGGGCUGGGAGGUUCAAGUUCAACCCAGCGAGCGUCCCAGCGAUGACGUACUUGAGUAUCUUUAUGUCGGAUAUGUUUAA